AUGUUAAACGCAGCGUUAGAGGCUCUGGAUACCGUUCCUUCAUCUCAUAUCGCGGAUCGGACGGCCGUCGGCGAUUCUGACAAUCAGAAGAUAUCCGCGCCGUCAGAGUUGCCGGCGAAGUUUAAACAGUACGCGUCGACUAAAGACGGCGAUGCGGUUCCGUACGCCGUGGUCCGCGCCGCAUGGUCCGCUUUACGCGAGCGGCACAGAUCAGAUCGCAGCGACCGAAGCGACCACAGCGAAGAGAGUGGUAACACAAGGACGGGUCAGAUUUCGCCGAGCGACAGCUGCGAGACGAGAGAAGUGAAGGAAUCAGAAGCACGAGAGGAAGCAUCAGGCGUUAAUUCACAAGGCACUGCGAGCAGCAGCGGCAACACUAGCAACGACACUGCGAGUAGCAACGGCACUACAAGCAGCGGAAACGGGAGGAGCAGUGACAGUGCGGGCAACGGCGCUGCGAAUAGCGACAAGAGCUCUGAUUGGCUUAUGCACGAGGUGCUGGAAGGCUGCCUCGUGCUGCUGCCUGCUCCACCCGAGCCUCCGAAGAAGAGUGCAGAGCUUGAAGAUCAUCUGGCUGCUCUGAAGGAAGCGGAGGAGGGAAGGCGGUACAGAGAGCUGGAGGCCCCCAGUCAACUCUUCCCCCUCUCCCCUCCCUCCACUUCUCAUCCCACAGAGUGCGGAGCUGGAAGCUCGUCUGGCUACUCUGAAGGAAGCGGAGGAGCAGAGGCGGUACAGAGAGCUCGUGAGAGACGUGGUCCCCAAGGGAGCAAAGGGGAGAGGGGCAAUCGUGCGGAGCUGGAAGCUCGUCUGGCGGCUCUGAAGGAAGCGGAGGAGCAGAGGCAGUACAGAGAGCUCAGUGCGGAGCUGGAAGCUCGUCUGGCUACUCUGAAGGAAGCGGAGGAGCAGAGGCGGUACAGAGAGCUCGUGAGAGACGUGCUUGAAGCUCGUUUGGCUGCUCCGAAGGAAGCGGAGGAGCAGAGGCGGUACAGAGAGCUCGUGAGAGGCGUGCUUGAAGCUCGUUUGGCUGCUCUCAAGGAAGCGGAGGAGCAGAGGCAGUAUAGAGAGCUCGUGAGAGACGUGGUCCCAGGGGGGGCAAAGGGGAGAAGGGCGGGAACUGGUGCAGGUGGUGGUGUUGACGAUGAGGAGGAUCUGGGAGGGCAGGGGGGGAGCUCGUACCUGGCAUCAUACAGAGAGCAGCUGGGGUUUGGUGAGUUCUUUUCCUUUUAA